AACUUGAAAAUAAUUUUGCAAAACGACUAAUAAUUAAUGAUUCCGAAGGAAUGUGUUUUAUUACUGAAGAAAUUGAUACAGAAGUUCAACAACAGAUACAAUCAAUAAAUAAUAUACAAAAAGACUCUUCAUUUGUAUUAGGUUUGAAUGAAGAAUCGGCUCAAAGAGUAGAUCUAACGGGAGGUAAAGGUAGCUCUUUGGCAGUACUUAUGAAUUUAAGUAAACAAUUAGUGAAAAAUAAUAGCAAACAUCAGUUUAGUGUCGCCAAUGGUGUUGUUGUCACUACUAAUGCUUACGAAAGACUUUUAGGAGAAAAUAAAGAUUUAUUGAAAGCAAUUGAAAAUUUGGAAAAAUCGACACAACUUUCACCAAAAGAGUUGAAAUCUAAAUGCGAUGAAGUAAUGGACUUAAUAUCAAACUAUAGAUUAUCCCAAUCUAUACAAAAAGCUAUUGAAGAAAAGUUAAACAAUAAUUUCAAUGAUUUUGAAAACAAGUUGUUUGCCGUCAGAUCCUCCGGUGCUUCUGAAGAUUCUGAAGAAAUGUCAGCCGCCGGACAAAUGACUACUUAUUUAGGCGUCAAAGGACUCGACAAUAUAUACUCGUCUGUAAUGAAGUGCUGGUCGUCUCAGUUCUCACACAUAGCUGUUGAGUAUAAGAGAGGUUACGGACAGCCUAUCAAUAGUCCGAUGGCUGUUGUGAUACAAGAGAUGAUAGCGUGUGAGUCGGCGGGUGUUAUGUUUACUUGUGAUCCGAUUACUGGAGACGAAAGAGUUAUUGAAGUGACAGCUAAUUAUGGUUUGGGAGAAUCAGUGGUGUCGGCGUCAGCAGAACCGGAUACAAUCAAACUGUCCGUUAAUAUUGAAUCUAAUUCCUUAUCAAAAUCAAGAUAUAUUAAAAGCAUUGAAAACAAAGUGAUCGGAGCCAAGAAAACAUUUAUAAAACUGUUAGACAAUGGAGGAACUGUUGAGGAAGAGGUCAACAAUAAUAACGAUUGUAGUGUUUCUGAUGAAGAUUUGUAUCGUUUGGGAGAUUUAGCAUUAGUUAUUCAUAAACAUUACGGUAAUGCCAGAGAUAUAGAGUGGGGUCUAAAAGCUGGCGAAAUAUUUAUGCUUCAGUCGCGACCCGUCACUAAUUUGGACAAUUCGUACACCGAUUACGAGAUUAUGCAUGAAUUGGAUUCGGUUCAUCCGACUGAGCUUGAGAUCUACUCCCGGGCCCAUUGGGGCGAAAACUUUCCCGGUUCGUCCUCAUGGAUAGUACUCACUUGGUUUUGGUCUAACAAAAGUCAAAUAUUUAGAUUUGAUCCGACACUUAAUCCGAUUGAUUUUAAUCCAUACGUUGAAAUGAUGGGUAUUGAAUAUAAUCAAUUGAUGUUCAAUUUAACAACUAGUCAAUUUGAUAUGUUUGCCGAUUAUCCCGAUAGCGAACAGUCCAAAAAUAUGGUUGUAUCGAUGUUUGGCCAUCAUAUCGAUGAUAAGGAUGUACUCAAUUGUUUUCGACAAAAACGUUUAACCCGACCGAAGCCCAAACUUUGGCCGAAAUGUAUAAAAUUUUGUAAACUAUUUUACGGCCUAUUUUUUGGACCAACAAAUCUAAUUAGAGACAAAACUGAUUAUAUGGAGAAACGAAAGUAUGAUUUAGUUGGACUUAUCAAACAUAAUAAGUCAUCGAAAGACAUAUUACAGUCAAUUUUGGACAACUAUUUUGAUAUCUCUCGAUUGCUUCUGAAGAAUCACGGAAGUGUCUCAAUGGGCUCAUCCAUCAAAAAUUCAAUACUCAAAGGACUACUGAAAACUGGCAAAAAUGACAAUCCAUAUCUCGAUUCGGAUUUCAAUUUAAUGAUCUCUUCGUGUGAUAAUGUGAUCAGUGCUGAAGUGCCAAAUAGUUUACGAGAAAUAGCAAAAGCCAUCAAAAAUAAACAACAAUUCAGACAAUUGACUGACGAAGAAGCACUUCAAGUGUUGCGCAAUGGUAAUGACGAGGCAUCAAAAAAGUUUGAGAAGUUUCUUGAAAUUCAUGGACACAGAGGUUAUCGUGAAUUGGAUCCAAUGUAUGAAACGUGGAAAGAAAAUCCUAUUCCGUGUAUCAAAACUAUUAGAACAUUACUUACCGGCAAAGAGUCACAACUGGAGCCAAAAAUUGGCAAAUCUGUUGAUGAAGUGGUCGACAAAUUGAAAACACCAUUGAGUUCAUUGAAAAAGUAUUUGAUCCGAAAUUUUUUUCUUCCAUGGAGUAGACGUGGAGUCGGAUAUCGGGAACAGUCUAAAUAUUUUAUGAUUUGGUUGAAUAACCAUUGGAGACAAGGAUCCAGAUAUUUGUCAAAACAAAUGGUUAGCGAAGGACUCAUACCAUCAGCCGAUUCAUUCUAUUACUUAACUAUUGAUGAAGUGUUGGCUCUUUGUAAUGGAGAAAGAGAUCCAUUAAUUCUUCAGAAAAUGAGACACCGGAAGAGAUUGUAUCCAAAAAUGGAUAAAUACAAGUUUGAAGAGUUCAGUAAAGGACCCGAAAUGAAACCAAAAAAUUUUGAAGACCGUAUAAUUCUACCAACACUUAGCUCAGGUAUGGUUCAAAUGAAAGGCACUCCUGUUAGCAACGGAACAGUUAAGGCAAGAGUUUGUGUAUCUGAAGACAUCACAGACGCCGAUAAUAUUCAACCGGGAGAUAUAUUGAUAACAUAUUCAACUGAUAUCGGUUGGAGUCCAUACUUUCCAUUACUUUCGGGUCUAAUCACUGAAAUCGGUGGAACCAUAUCUCAUGGGGCGGUCAUCGCACGUGAAUACGGUAUUCCCUGUUUGAUAGCCAUUGAUGGCGCGUGUCGUGUCUUCAAAACAGGUGAUAUUUGUAUUUUGGAUACUUCAUCAGGGACAAUUACUAAAGUAGAGUAA